GCCUUCAUCUGCUCCCCUGUGGCUUCACCGAGGCGGCUGUGUUGCGCAACUCUCCACUGCUUCAGCCACACUUCCGAAGGCUUCAUCGCACCCUCUCUGCUUGCUUCAGACUCCACGUCAAUUUGUAAGUGCCUGAACGGCUUCAUCCCCAUUGGAUCAUUGCUGCAAUGACAGCUGGGUACCAGUCUGUUGGGUCGCCUGACAAGCCUGGCGUGCUGCGCAUCGAAGCUUGUUGGAUUGCCAUCGCCUUCGAAGAUCUACUACUUUAUCGCCUGUCGCCUAAUAUCUAUGUAGUAUAAGAAGCCUGUCCUCAAGAGCCAUCACCUCUGUCCUGAACACAAACAUCCGCUUUCACCGUAAUCAUGCAUAUAUAUCGACGACAAGCCAGAAAGUUGGCCUGGUAUGACAAUGAAGGCGAACCUUCGACACAUAACCCCUUCAAGAAGUUCCGACCGCGACCGCGGCGGACCAACUCCAUUCAACUGGAGAACCGACUCACUCCUGUCAUCUCAGAAGGUGGUUUGCGACUCUCCGAGGAGCGCCGACGUCGGAGAAAUAUGACCCAAGGCCUGGCCGGUCCAGAGCAUGCGGACACCUUCCCUCCCCAGUCUGCCGAUACCGAUCAGUUGAAUCGCAUCGACAGCGCCGAGAAGGCCGACACCGAGCGGUCGCUGCGCAGCCAUGACCCCAUCAACGUGCCGCAAUCCGAUCAGCCCGACGAGACGCGACCACGAAAGCGAAGGACGUUUCUGAACAACACUUUCCGAUCCAGCGCUGACGAGGAUCGCACGGCCGCCGACUCCAGCAAGUCUAUGCCCGACAAGCAGAAGUUUACUGCGAUCGGACAGUUGAAAGCCACGCUGUUCAAUUCCUGGAUCAAUGUUUUACUUUUCGCCGCGCCCGUGGGAAUCGCGUUGAAUUAUGUCGACGUCCCUCCGGUGGCGGUCUUCGUGGUCAACUUCAUCGCGAUUAUUCCCCUUGCAGCCAUGCUGAGUUAUGCGACCGAGGAGAUCGCCAUGCGUACUGGUGAAACCAUCGGUGGUCUUCUGAAUGCUACCUUCGGCAACGCGGUAGAACUGAUUGUCGCGAUCAUCGCCUUGGUUGACGGAGAAGUCGUGAUUGUGCAGACGUCCUUGAUCGGUAGUAUGCUGUCCAACCUGCUCUUGGUCAUGGGUAUGUGUUUUUUCUUCGGCGGCAUCGACCGCCUGGAGCAACACUUCAACCCUGUGGUUGCACAAACUGCAGCCAGUCUUUUAGCUUUGGCAGUGGCCAGUCUUAUUAUCCCUACCGCUUUCCAUGCGUGGUCAGAUGCUGGAGAGACUGGAAUUGCGGAAUUGUCCCGCGGCACCAGUGUUAUUCUACUGGUUGUAUAUGGAUGUUAUCUGUUCUUCCAGCUCAAAUCGCACACAGAGAUCUACAACGCCCCUAGCCCCAAGGUGGAAAGAAGACGCCAGAAAAUCAACGAAGGCGAUGCCAGUCGGGGAAUUGCUCAGAUUGGCAAGAUGACGGCCUCGAUGGCUGGUGAGCAUGCUCAGAACGUGGAACUUCAGGAACCAGACGAUGAGGAACAGCCUCAGCUCAGCAUCUGGGUGGCCGUGCUGACGCUUGUCAUCUCGACUGUCUUUGUUGCGCUUUGUGCCGAGUUCAUGGUCGAUUCUAUCGAUGCUCUCACACAGACCGGCAAUAUUUCGGAGACCUUUGUGGGAUUGAUCCUUCUUCCGAUUGUGGGUAACGCGGCCGAGCACGCGACGGCUGUCACCGUGGCUUGCAAGGAUAAGAUGGACCUGGCAAUCGGUGUGGCCGUCGGCUCAAGUAUGCAGAUCGCGUUGUUGGUGUUGCCCUUGAUUAUUGUGAUCGGUUGGGGAAUGGGGAAUGAUGAUAUGACCCUUUACUUUGACGGUUUCCAGGUGAUUCUACUUUUUGUUGCUGUUCUUCUGGUCAACUAUCUCAUCGCCGAUGGAAAGUCGCACUGGCUGGAGGGCGUCUUACUGAUGAUGAUGUACUUGAUUAUCGCUGUGGCUGCUUGGUUUUACCCGAGCAAGGCCACCGUCACCUAAAACUGCCCGAUCGGUGGGCGCCACAUUGAUACCAACUAAAAUAAUCAUUUAAUUGCCAUGUCCUGUACCAUAUUUGAUGUCACGAUUUGAUUAGAUUCCUGUCUUUCUCUUGAUACCGUUUCUUGUGUCUUUACGGG